CAUUCACUGGACUAGGAAGUGGAUAUGCUGUUGCUGGCUGUCAGUGGAAGAGACAAGAGAGUUGCUGAUUUUCAUGUCCAUGUGACCAAACAGAUGGAUAAAGAUACGAAUCCCAUUUAUAGGUGCAUUGAGUGUAAUGAGGAAUCUAGAGAGCUUUACAAAGACUACAAACAUGGAGUGUUAAAAAUCACUAUAUGCAAAUCCUGUCAGAAGCCUGUGGACAAAUACAUUGAAUAUGAUCCUGUCAUUAUCCUGAUUAAUGCUAUGCUAUGCAAAGCACAAGCAUACAGACACAUUCUGUUUAACACAACUAUAAAUAUUCAUGGAAAGCUGUGUAUAUUUUGUUUGCUAUGUGAGGCCUACACCAGAUGGUUGCAGCUGCCGGGCUCCAGCAGUAACACAGAUCCUGAAGAUAUCAUCCGAUACGCCAAGGAAUGGGAUUUCUACAAGAUGUUUGGAAUUGCUGCUCUUGAACAAUCUGCAUUCUUUGUGGGCAUUUUUAUUGUUUUAUCGCUUGCAAGACUCCAAACUCUACAGACACGAUCUGACUAUAUUCUGCUAUUGAAAGCACUUUUGCUGUCAAGUUAUGGGAAGCUCCUUCUGAUUCCAGCAGUAAUCUGGGAACAUGAUUACACUCCUCUGUGUCUCAGACUAAUCACUCUUUUUGUCCUCACAUCUAACACCCAAGCUAUCAUAGUUACAUUGAGUGUGGGCAGGAAAUUGUCACUGUUAGCCAUCAUCAGCGGGCUGCUUUUGGAAAGUGCAUUGUGUUGUUUCCAGCAAACAUGGCCAUCUAUAUGACGAUAAUUACCAAAAAAUAUUAUAUUUCCAUCUGACUUUUUUAUUCAAGUACCCCAGCAACGUUAUGACUAAAGUUUGGUUAUUAUAUUAUUUAUUUGUUUGGUCAUACAUGUGUUUUUUUAAAGAGGUAUAUUUUUCACACAAUAAAAAAUAUAUAAAAAAUGUAUUUUAUUGUAAUCAAAAAUGUUUUUCAUAGAUAAGCAACAAAAGAUUUAAGAUAAUAAAAUAACAGGAGGAGCACAACA